CCAGCGAGCCCAGGCAAUACAAUAGGCUUCUUGUGUGUGGAUGUGUGUGCUUGCUGGGAGGCUGAAGACACGAAGGGAAGGCUCGGACGGGUUAUCCGGAUACACCGGGCACUGACAGGCCAACCGCCCAGCCCCUCAACCGCCUCAAGACUGAACCUAGUGCGACUUGCACCGGGCUGCAGUGGAGGGACCAACCCCAGAGAAGGAUGCGUCAAGAUGAAGCGACAUAGGCAUCUCAGCAGCAGCGACAGUUCAGACAAUGAGAGUCCUUCAACAUCAUUCUCCUCCUGCUUCCAAUACAAGGGCAAAUCCAAAAAUGCUGGAGAUGAAGCAAAGCAAUCCUCUGAGGUGUUCCGGAAAGAUCUUAUUAGUGCCAUGAAGAUUCCAGACUCUCAGCACGUGAACGUGGAGGAGUACUAUCUCUUUACGGAUACAUGGAAGCAGGAGUGGGAGAAGGGUGUCCAAGUACCUGCCAAUCCAGAUACCAUACCUCAGCCUUCACUCAGGGUCAUAGCAGAAAAGGUGAAGGAGGUACUGUAUUCACGACCACGAAAGUACAUUCACUGCUCCAGCCAGGAGCCAUCGGAGCCUGGGUACAUCAACAUCUUGGAGCUGGCCGAGACCAUGUGUAGAUAUGACUUGGAUGACAUGGACCUCUUCUGGUUGCAGGAAUUUAAUCUCGAGCUUGCUGACAUGGGAUGCUCUCCUGUCGAUGAGUACACCAUGGAGAAAACACUGGAAGUACUGGAACGCCAGUGCCAUGAAAAUAUGAACCAUGCCAUAGAGACAGAAGAGGGCCUGGGCAUAGAGUAUGACGAAGAUGUUAUAUGUGAUGUGUGUCGCUCCCCAGACAGCGAGGAAGGCAAUGACAUGGUGUUUUGUGACAGGUGCAACAUUUGUGUACACCAGGCAUGUUAUGGGAUCCUGAAAGUCCCGGAAGGUAGCUGGUUAUGCCGCACUUGUGUUUUGGGGAUCCACCCUCAGUGCAUCCUGUGUCCCAAAAGAGGGGGUGCUAUGAAAGCUACAAGGACAGGGACUAAAUGGGCCCACGUGAGCUGUGCUCUCUGGAUACCAGAGGUCAGUAUUGCCUGUCCUGAAAGAAUGGAACCAAUUACAAAGAUUUCUCACAUUCCGCCAAGUCGGUGGGCCCUAGUAUGCAGUCUCUGCAAACUGAAGACGGGAGCCUGCAUUCAGUGCUCUGUUAAAAGCUGUAUCACAGCCUUUCAUGUCACGUGUGCCUUUGAGCACAGCCUUGAAAUGAAGACUAUUUUAGACGAGGGGGAUGAAGUCAAGUUUAAAUCCUACUGCCUGAAGCACAGCCGGAACAAGCACAACUCUGCGUUGGAGCAAGAAGAGUCUCAGACCAGGCCGACUGAAAGCGAGAAAACCAGCUUACGUGCUCAGAAAUUAAAAGAACUGGAGGAGGAUUUUUACACGUUGGUGAAAGUGGAGGAUGUAGCAGCAGAAUUGGGCCUCCCCAAGUUCACUGUGGACUUUAUUUAUUCUUUCUGGAAGCUGAAACGAAAAAGCAAUUUUAACAAACCUUUGCUGCCGCCAAAAGAAGAGGAGCAGAAUGGUUUGAUUCAGCCCAAGGAAGACAGCAUUCAUACCCGGAUGAGGAUGUUCAUGCAUCUGAGGCAAGACUUAGAGAGAGUAAGGAACUUGUGCUACAUGGUCAACAGGAGAGAGAAACUCAAAUUGUCCCACAGCAAGAUCCAUGAGCAGAUCUUCAACUUACAAGUACAGCUGGUCAACCAGGAGAUGGCAGCAGGACAACCAUUAUCAAGUGCACCGGAAAACACGCUGUUCUACCCUCCUCCCAGGAUCACUUUAAAACUGAAAAUGCCAAAAUCUACAGCAAGCGAUUGCAAAAAUAGUUCCGUGAAAACUGGAAAUCGAAUGAGUCCACCUGACAAAAACAGCAGCUCUCGGUAUGUUCGCAGGAGUGAUCCUCAAAUUGAAUCUACUGACCUUCUCAAUAAACACUGCUCCAGGUAUGCCUCUGGACAAAGGAAUAAUGGGAUGUUAGUCACUUGUUCACGGAAGGAGACUCAAGAAACUGGGUGCCAACAGACUUCAAGGUUUAACACAUCAGGGAAACCUUUGUCACUCCAAGCAGUCAUCCAUGGGCAGUCUUCAAACGGCAGUGGAAAGGUGCAACACCCAAAUCCAAGGAUUACUAAAUCUAACGGCGUGUUGAACUCUAGUGGGGACAAAAUUCAGAAGGAUAGCUCCAGCAAAACCUUUCAUGAGCAUGACUGUUCGCUGACAAGCAAUUUGGCCAGUCAGAGCAGUUUAUGCAAAUCCGCCAUGGAACACUUCAGCAGGUCCUUUAAAGAAGCGACAAAUAACUUGGUGAGGACAACAGAAGACCUGCGAAGUUGUGAUAAGCCCCAGAGGAGACAGUCUACAAAAGAGCGUUUUUGGGGCAAACAAGCACUUGAUUGUCAGACCUCUGGGACUCCUUACCAGGACAAUGAUGGCUACUGCCCUGACCUAGAGCUAAGUGACUCUGAAGCUGAAAGCGAUGAGAACAAGGACCAUAUACGGCCAAGGAGGAGUAGCUCAAGUCGGGAAAGUCCUAAUAGAGACACAAGUCGGAAUAGUCGCAGUAGAAGCAGAAAGAACAUGACUCCUCACAGUUCAGUGCAAAGGUGAUACACAUCCUUUGCUUCAGCUAAACAACUUGUUUGUGCUUGUUUUUAUUUAAAUGCCAAAAAGGGAUCAAAGUGAAAGGAAAAACGUGUUUGAGAUGGGCUUGAAUACAACUGGGUGCUUAUUAAAGAGUUUGUAUGAAUUAUAAAUAUAAUGAGUAAAAGGCAAAAGAAAAUGCACAGGCUAGACCCAAGUGAGAGCAAUCUUUUUAAGUAAAGUUGUAUUUUAUUUUUCUAUUGUGAAAUUUAUACAGCAAUCUUAAAUAAACUAACGGGCAGUGGAGUUAUUGGCACACGAUUGUGUGUCCGAUGGUUGUGUAAUGCAUGUCGGUGAGUUGCACAUCCCUCAGGCAUGCGAUGACUUAAAUUCCUGUUUCAUAUCAUUCGUCAAAUGAGCCACAGAAAAACAA